AUGUACCAAAAAGUCUUCCUCGCUCUCAUCGCUGCUACGUUGGCUAUGUCCGCCCAUGUCGACAUUGUAGCACGCCAGGGUACGGCUACGACUACCUCCACCUCGACGUCCACCACUACAUCUUCCACCAGUUCCUCUACUUCGACCUCUACUUCAACCGCUACCACUACUUCCACCACUACGACGGCGUCGUCUUCAGCCACAUCUUCUGCCAAUACGGCAACAUCAACCGCCACCAGUACAUCGACUGCUCCACCGCCGAACGAAACGACUGUUCGCCUCCACCCAAAUUAUCGUGACAACAAGUGCCUUGACGUUAGGGGCAAUAUUCGCGCCAACGGCACGCCCGUGCAAAUUUAUGAUUGCAACGGCACGGGGGCUCAGAACUGGCUCAUCAAUUUCGGCCGCACCAAAGUACGCCUGGCCGGAACUGAUUUCUGUCUUGAUGCUGGAACUAACCCUCGCAGCGGCGUUGGCAUGAAGAUUUGGCAAUGCUACGCUAACCUGCCGGCUCAAGAUUUCUGGUAUACAGAUGACCAACGUAUCGCCGUGACUGAUAAAGGUCAAUGCCUGGACCUCACCGACGGACGCCUCAAUAACGGCAGGCAGGCACAGACUUGGAAGUGUACUGACUUCAACACCAACCAAAUCUGGAACAUCUAA